AAUAAAUUAAAUAAUGGGAGCCUGUACAUUAACAAAAGUAAAUAGAUACUAACUAAACAGAACUGUAAUGCCAUAUAAGUAAAAUAAUGUUUUAAAAAUAGAGUUCAUAUUUUAGCUAUAUUAUGGCCAAAAAAUUAACAUAAUUUAUUUGAUUUUGAUUCCAAUACAUAUUUUGUAAAAGAAAUUGAAGUUGAUUUUUCAUGUAUAUUGAAAAGAUUAAAAAUUUUAGCUUAAAUAGCAACAGUUGACAAAGAAUUAGUGGCUUUAACUUAAGGAGAAUGGGCUCAAAAUUCUAAUGAAAUAGUGAAUAUCACUUUGAAUGAAUAGGAUGCAUAUAUUAAUAGUAUAUCUCAAUAAUAAGAUCAUAAAUUAUGGGUAGUAUUGAAAUUAGAAAACAAUUAAUUUUAAUCUAUAGAUGUAUUAAAUUGAUUGUAUAAUAAGCACAGAGAUUUAAAAAUAGGAGAUUUUAUUAAAUUAGGCAGAGUUACUAUGUAAUUAGUAGAAUAUGCAUUUAUGGCAUCUUAAGACGAAGCUACUUAAUAUUAAGAUGAAUAGGAAGAUGAAGUUUAAACUAUAAAUGAUGUAUUCAAUUGUAGGAUUUGUUUUUCAAGUAGAGCAAGUGAAACAAACCCUUUGAUUCGUCCAUGUAAAUGUGGAGGAUCAGUUAAAUAUAUACAUUUGGAGUGUCUAUAGAAAUGGGUAGGAAUUCAACUUAAAAUAAAAUAAGGAGAACAUUUUAUAUAAUAUCUUUGGAAGAAAUUAGAUUGUGAGAUAUGUAAGGCUACUUUUAGAAAUACUUAUAAAUUCCAAGAUAAAACAUAUACAGUUCUUAAAUUACCAAAACCAAAAUCAUCUUAUAUCACAUUUAAGAUAACUAAUAUUGAUAAAUAAAAAGAAGCUAUAAUUUAUGUAGUUGAGAUAGGAGAAAAAACUGAAUUGAAAAUUGUAUUUGAUAAAUAAUUACUAUUUUAGGGUCGUAUACCUGAUUGUGAUAUUAAAUUAAGAGAUAUAUCUGUAUCAAGAGUACAUGCAACUAUUAAAUUAAUUCCGACUAGUAAACAUACUCUUGAAAGUCCUGAUUACAUAAUUAGAAUUCAAAAUAACAAAAGUAAGUUUGGAACUCUUGUUCUUGCUUAAGAUUAAGAUUUACUUAAGAUUCCUGAAGAAGGAAUAUAACCUAAUAUCUUAUUUUAAACAGGAAGAGUCUUAUUUUAAUGCACAAAAUAAAAGAAAUAAAAUUAAAAGACAACCUACAAACAUCCUGAAAAUAUUACUCUUACAUUAAAUUAAACUAAAUAAUAAUUUGAAUAAUAAGAAGUUUAAGAAUCAUUCGUUACUCAUGAUGAGCUUAUGGAAAGUGAUAUUAUCUUAAACAAUUCAUAACCAUUUUAAUAAUAAUAAUAAUAAUAAUUUAAUAUAAUCCCUCUCAAAGAUGAUUGUAUUAAAGAUGAAUUAUGA